AUGACUAAGCGCACCAAGAAGGCUGGAAUUGUUGGCAAAUAUGGAACCAGGUAUGGUGCUAGCUUGCGUAAGCAGAUCAAGAAGAUGGAGGUAUCUCAGCAUUCCAAGUACUUCUGCGAGUUCUGUGGGAAGUUUGCUGUGAAGAGGAAAGCAGUUGGAAUUUGGGGAUGCAAGGACUGUGGGAAGGUCAAGGCUGGCGGUGCUUACACCAUGAACACUGCUAGUGCAGUCACUGUCAGGAGCACGAUCCGUCGCUUGAGGGAGCAGACUGAAGCAUGA